AUGUCUUUAGAAGAUCAACAUGGCACCGAAUUAGCACAAUCUGCAAUGAUGGAUCGAGACCGUGGUGAAUCGGAGUCGGGUCGACAACGAUUCGAUAUUAAACGUUACGUACCAGUAGCAUUGCGUGCUCAAGACAAAAGUCAACCACCGGCUAUCCUAUUAGAUCAACGAUUUUAUUCAAUGAAGAAAACAGCAAUGACCAUCAUGUGUCUACUGAUAAUCAUCAUGAGUAAUAGUGUACAACUGAAACAUGUUCUUAAACAAGGUCAUUCACAUCCAUUCUAUGGUACCCAAAUCGCACUUGGCAUUAUUUCUGUACUUAUGUGUGCUUGUAUUGGUAUUGUUCUGAUGUAUGUAAUGCGAAUCGAUCUAAAUGACCAAUACAAACAGCAUAAACUUGAUUAUAUAGACAAUUGUGUUAUUUGCCUUGUAUUCAUUCUUGCUAUCUUCAAUAUUUUUAUUGCUGCAUGCAGUUAA